AUGGUGCAGGAGCAGCACCGGGGAGAACAAGAGAAACGGUCUCGGUUCUUCAUAAACGACAACAUUGACAUUCUUCGGGAAAUCCUGAAACGACUCGACGGUCCCUCGCUGGGCGUGGCGGCGUGCGUGUGUCGUCUGUGGUGCAGCCUCACGCGCAACGACGACUCCCUCUGGGAGCACCUCUGCUUCCGCCACGUCUCCACGGCGUCGGUGCGUGCAGUCGUGGUGGCCCUGGGCGGCUACAAGCGCCUUUACAUGGUGUGCGUGCGACCGGUGCUGAGUCGACUCGGAGAGUCCGAGAGAGUGAGAAGGCGAGCGUGGACUCGGCACGAGGUGCAGCUCUCCCUCUCGCUCUUCUGCAUUGACAGCUACGAGAGACUCGGAAAUGGAAGGAUCGCCAGCGACGCGUCCACAUCGUCCCUCAUGUUCCUCUGCAACACCAUCAACGUCUGA